AUGGUAGAAAGUGGUAAAGAACGUCGAAAGUCUUAUAAGGCUUGUGUGUUCUGUCGUAGAUCACAUUUGGUUUGUAAUGGACAGAGGCCUUGUGAACGGUGCAUCAAGAGAGAUAUCUCCCAUCUUUGCAACUAUGAGGAGCGUGGUAACAGUGCUAGUGUGGCGGAGAAUCUGAAUUUACGGAGUUCUGUUAUUUCAGCUGGUAUUUCAGAACCAACAAUGAUGCAUAUUUCUGAGUUUAAUGCAAAUUUGAAUUCCAAUAACAACAAUAACAAUAACCAGAAUAUUAUCGACAAGGCUUUAAGCGUUCAGGACGCUCAGUAUAAUUAUAACAAGGGGAGUAGUUUUAUAGCUCAGGAACCGGCCUUUGCAUCUCACAAUGCUGGGUCAGAGUUUAGUUCUUUAAAUGAGUUCUUGAGCCUUUUGCAAGAUCCACUAUUUCUAGAUGCUUCUAAUGUCAAUCAGGAAAGUGCUGGUCAACCUCAGAUAAUUUCUCAAAGUAUAGACCAAUCUAUGGCUGCAAAUGCUGUCGCUAAUACCGAUCAAACAAAUAAUGGCGAGCCUCCAUUUGGAGAAAAACCACCUGGUUUAGUACAUAGAGAUGGUGCAACCACUCCAAAGGAACACUUCUUUUUAACUGCAGCCGACCCUUCGACAGAUAUAUCAAUAGAGGAACGAUUGAAGUUAGUGAUCAAUACAAAAUUAGAAGCUGGUUUACUUCGACCUUAUGAUUAUGCCAAAGGUUACGAUAAAUUACACAAAUACAUGGAUAUGUACAUGAACCAAUCGUCCAAAGAACGUAUCCUUAAACCCCUAUCUACCAUAAGGCCUGCUUUUAGGGCUAUUGCUAAAUCGUUGAAAGAUGUCGAUUUAGUUCUGGUCGAAGAAAGUUUUGAAAGGAUGCUAUUAUCAUAUGACAGAGUGUUUACUUCCAUGAGUAUUCCUGCAUGUCUGUGGAGGAGAACCGGUGAAAUAUUUAGAGCCAACAAAGAGUUUGCUUCAUUGGUAGAUUGCACUGUUGAUGAUCUAAGAGAUGGAAAAUUAGCGAUAUAUGAACUAAUGACAGAGGAAAGCGCUGUUAACUUUUGGGAGAAAUACGGGUCCAUAGCGUUUGACAAAGGUCAGAAAGCAGUACUAACAAGUUGUAAUCUUCGUACAUUCGAUGGAAGGAGGAAACGACCUUGCUGUUUCAGCUUCACCAUUAGAAGAGAUAAAUACAACAUACCAAUUUGUAUUGUGGGUAACUUUAUUCCUAUAACUUGA